AUGAAGGAGCACCAGCAGAUGGAGAUGUUUCAGUCAUCUGUUGUUGAACAAGACCCUUGCUCUGUGGAAGAGAAAGGGAAGUUGGUUGAGGAGGAUGUGGAAGAAAAGGCCAAGACUGAAGAAGCAGUUCUGCUCGAGGAAAAACAUGACAGACUACAGCCAGAAGAGCUACAGCAGGAUGUAGACGAAACUGUGCAGGAUUUGGGACAAAAGGAGGGAGCAGAAAUGCAACAGGGAGGAGAAGAAAAGGAUGAAAGAAUCAACGACCCGGAUGAGAAACAGGAGCAGGUUAAAGCUGAAGAAGAGGAGCUUCCAAGUAGUGAACAGGGUUCUGGACCGGCGGCUGAGAAAUUGGUAGAGGAGUCCGGGAGGCAGGAGGUUCAGGACCAGGAGGUAACUCAUGAAGAGCAGAAAAAUCCAGGAGGAGUUGCUAGGGGAUACAACCAGACGGAUCAUCCUGAGGGACAGACAUGCAGUAAACAGCAUCACAAGAAACAAUUGAGCCCUCACUGA